AACAAAAGCAAAAAAUGAUAGACAAACCAUUUUUAUGCUGCUAUUUAUUGACAAUAAGUUGUUUGUAUCUCCAAAUUUUUCAUAUCGAUGCAAGUGAAAUAAUUCAUAAAAAUUGCCGAAACGUAAUUUAUCCUCGAAGUAAAUUACAACGUUUUCCAGUGCCCGACAAUUUAGUAUCGUGGUCAACAUCAUAUCCAGAUUAUAGGCCACCGUUUUAUGAAGCUCCAUCGAUAAUGGGAAAACCAUGGGCAGACCCAGUAAUUGAAGAUGAUACUUCAUUUCAUCCGAAUUGGAAUCGACGCGAUGGAUUAGUAAAUCGAAUUUCAUACACCGGUGAAUAUAAAAUUGAGAACAGUUAUCCGUUGAAUACAUUCGGACGAACUGGAAUUACUGGUAGAGGUUUAUUGGGUCGGUGGGGACCAAAUCAUGCAGCCGAUUCUUUGGUCACAAGAUGGUGCCGUGAUACAGAUGGUGUAGUGAAAAAAGACCCAGUUUCGGGAAGCAAAAUCCUUCAAAUGAUUGCUAUACAACGAAGAGACAACAGUAUUUGGGCAAUGCCUGGCGGUAUGGUUGAUAGAAACGAAACUCCUUUCGAAGCAGCGAAAAGAGAGUUUUCCGAAGAAGCAAUGCAUGAAGCACCGAACGAAGAUAUUUCCAAUAUUUUACAAUUCUUCAAUAUGACUGCCAAAGAGAUUUAUUCCGGUUACAUAGAUGAUCUACGAAAUACAGACAACGCAUGGGUGGAAUCGAUGGCUUUCAGUUUUCAUGAUGAAACUGGUGUGUACGUCGAACAUUUGCAUUUCAAGGCUGGCGACGAUGCUAAGAAUUUGACAUGGGUCGAUGUCAAUAGUGUUAUGGAUUUAUAUGAAAGUCAUCGGAAUAUUGUAGAAAAUGUUGCGAACACGUUAAAUGCUCAUUGGUAAGGUUGGUAAGUGAAAGGCA